CGGACAUACGCAACAUCUAUUAGUAAUAUGAGCAAAGAAAAGGAAAAGUUCGUAUAAUAACUUACGGUUUUAAACCUUCCGGGUUUAGUGGGUUCUUUUUUGGAUCACUUGCUUCUGCAGGUGUUAAAGCCAUCACUGUUGACUAGAUAAAGCGUUUUUAAGAAACAAUCAACUAAAUAAAAAAAAAACUAAAAUGAAUAGUACAGUAGUUUGGAAAUCUGGUGCAUUAUUAGCUGCCACAGGUAUUAGCUUUGGUGCAUUCGGCGCUCAUGGAUUACGUUCAAGGUCAGGUAUAGAAGCAAAGCAGAUUGAAUCAUGGAUGACAGCAUCACAUUACGCAGUAUUUAACGGUUUGGCUUUGAUGGCUACAAGCUUACAUCCACGUGCAUCAAAGUCGAAGUUUGCUGGUCCUGCUAUCUUAGCUGGAUCUUUAUUAUUCUCUGGAUCAAUAUUCGCAUUAGUAUUAAAUAAAGAAAAGUUUAAGUUUUUAGGUCCAGUUACACCUUUGGGGGGUCUCUCUAUAAUAGCUGGUUAUCUUACACUUGCCUGUGUAUAAAUAGAUGUAAAUAUAAAAUAAAUACAACAGUAAUUAUUCCAUGGAUCUCUCACGAUGCAUUGUUUUGAAC